AUGAAACGAUUUGCUGCAAUUUUGCAAUAUAUUUUCAUUUGUCAAAAAAUUUUUUCACAUUUAGCAAAUUCAUCGCAUUCAUCAUUUGCUAUUGACUAUCAAAAUGAUACAUUUCUGCUAAAUGGUAAACCAUUUAGGUAUAUUUCGGGUAGUAUUCAUUAUUUUCGAAUUCCUCCUUAUUACUGGGCUGAUCGAUUGCGUCGAAUUCGUGCUGCAGGCUUAAAUGCAAUACAAUUGUACAUUCCGUGGAAUUUUCAUGAAGUUUAUAAUGGAAGAUACCUGUUUAAUGGAAAACGCAAUAUAACACGUUUUAUUGAACUUGCUGCAUCUAAUCAACUUUUCGUCCUUGCAAGGAUUGGUCCAUAUAUUUGUGCUGAAUGGGAAAAUGGUGGUCUCCCAUGGUGGCUUAUUCAUAAAUACGGAAAUAUCCAUCAAAGAACAUCCGACAAACGAUUCCUAAAAGAAGUGGAACUUUGGUUCAAUGUUUUGUUACCUAUACUGAAUCCUUAUUUGCUUAAAAAUGGUGGUCCAAUACUGAUGGUACAACUGGAAAACGAAUAUGGUAGUCAUUAUGCAUGCGAUCAGAUUUACCUGAAACGAUUGAGUGAAAUAGUUCGAUAUCAUCUUGGGCCAGAUGUCAUCCAAUAUACCACUGAUGGAUCAGCAGAGUCUUACCUGAAAUGUGGCACACUAGCAGGUGUUUAUCCAACAAUCGAUUUUGGUCCAACAACUCGACAAAAUGUUCAGGCAUAUUUUGCAAUGCAACGACAUUAUGCACCGCAUGGACCAUUGGUGAACUCCGAAUUUUAUCCCGGAUGGUUGGUUAUUUGGGGUCAAAAGAGUGAAAAGUUACCAUCAAUAACAGAAAUCAUUGAUACGGCUGAUUAUAUGUAUCAACUUGGUGCAAGUAUUAAUUUUUAUAUGUUCCAUGGUGGCACCAAUUUCGGUUAUUGGAAUGGAGCUGAAAUUACCGCACCGGUAAUAACAUCUUACGAUUAUUCUGCUCCACUAACUGAGGCAGGUGAUUUAACUCAAAAAUAUAUGGCAAUAAGAAAUUGGUUAGCGAGUAAAUCAGAUUGGCCGCAUAAACCAGGUGAUAUACCACGGGAUAAUUUGAAAAUUGGUUAUGGUAGUGUAAAGUUGAAAGAAAUUUUACCGCUAGGGAAACAUUUUUGGGAAUUAGUAACAGUGAGUCAAUAUUGUCAAGCAACAAAGUAUCCAAUUUCAUUUGAACAACUCGAUCAUCCAUUUGGUUUUGUGAUAUACUAUACGACACUAAAGUUUGGUGGAACAAAUCUUACAAUACCGUUAAUGAAAGAUCGUAGCUAUGUGUUUAUUAAUAAUGAAUUACAGGGAAUAUUGGUGAAUAGAUUUGAUAGUUAUUGGAAACACUGGGUAUAUUUAAAAGAUGCAAGAGCAAGUGCAACACUUGGAAUAUUAGUAGAAAAUCAAGGACGUCAAACAAUACCAACGAUCAAUGAUUUCAAAGGUAUAUUAACAAAUGUAACACUUGAUGGACAAAUAAUCGAUGAUUGGAUACAAUGUGGCCUACACUCAAAAUUAAUAAUUUCAAUGGCUCAACGAAUUUCGAGAUGGAACUAUUUUAGUAGAAAUAAAAAUGGAUUAGGCUUAUAUAUGGGACAUUUUUAUGCAAAUCAUCUUGCCGAUACUUUCUUGAAUCUAAGUAAAUGGGGUAAAGGACAGGUAUUCAUUAAUGGACAUAAUAUUGGCCGAUAUUGGCCAAGUAUUGGACCUCAGAUUACUCUCUACGUACCAAAACCAUAUCUAAAACAUCACAAUACGGUUAUUAUGCUGGAAUUGGAACAACCCGGAAAUUGUCAGAAGCAAUUCUGCAUUAUUAAUUUUAUAGAUCAUCCAAUAUUCAACUUUACUGAGAGUUAA